CAGCUGCAGCAGCACAAGCGGCACACAGCUUUUGGAGUUAAUCACGUGGCACUUGACUAGCUAAUAGCAACAUGUACAAAGGACUUUUACUGCUGGCAGCGCUGUGCUUGAGCGGCUGUCUGGCUGCCCCAGCACCAGAGCCAGCUCCGGCACCAGCACCGGCUCCUGCACCGGCACCGGCUCCUGCGCCCAGUCUUGGCCACGACUACUUGGGCUAUGGCGGUUUGGGCCUGGGCCUGGGUCUGGGUCUAGGCGGUCACUAUGGUGGCUUGGGCCUGGGCCUGGGCCUGGGCUACCAUGCGCCCAUCGUCAAGACCAUUGCAGCGCCCAUCGUCACGAAGACCAUCAUCGGCAAGAGCUAUCUGGGCGGCUAUGGCUACGGCCUGGGCCACGGCUAUCUGGGCGGCUACGGACACGGGCUCUACGGCCACGGCCUGGGUCUGGGCCUGGGCCUGGGACUGGGCUAUGGCUAUGGCCAUGGCUACGGCUGGUGA